AUGCACCGCUUCGGCAGCCGGGAGGUGGUGGUCGCUAUGCUCCGCAGAGCAUUGCUGAACGCCGCGACACGAGGAGACGCUGCGGAAGUUCAGGGCAUUCUUCGCAAGGCCUCCGAGGAUGGCCUCGUGGAGCUCUUGGACGCCAGGGACCAGUGCGGCCGUACACCCCUGCACUGCGCAGCGAGGCACGGGCACGCCCAGGUCUGUCACAUGCUCUUGAGGCUACGAGCAGACAUCCACGCUGCGGAAGGUGCCGGCGGCACGGCCCUGACACUGGCUUGCCUGUAUGGCCAAUUCGCCGCUGUGCGCUGCCUGCUUCAGCACGGCGCGCGGCCGGAGCAGGUGGACCAAGGGGGCCGGACUGCCUUCCACUGUGCAUGCUGCGGCAGCCCAGAGGUCGUGUACGACUUGCUGCGCAUCAGCCGGGGUUUCGCAUUCCUGGAGGACGCCCGGGGUCGCAAUCCCCUCUUCUACGCCAUGGGCAACAACGACGAGGAAGCGAAGCUGGAGGUGGUCAAGUUGCUCUUGGAGGCGAAGUCCAGUGCCAGCCAGGCUGAUGUUUUCGGUCGACCGGCGCUGUUCUAUGCCACCCAAGCAGGUGACGUCAAAGUGCUCGCUUUGCUGGUGCUGGCCGUCAACAACGAUCCAGCAUUUCACCUUCAGGCUUUUCAAACACUGAAGGUGCUGGGUGCCUCGGGGCCGACCGAGGACCCACGUGCAAGAGCGAAGCCUACGUCGCCAGCUCCGAAGGACCCAUUCCCUUCGCUGCAUUCCCCGAAGCUCUCGAACCCGAAUGCCUUGACAAGCCCUGCAGAUCCGAGCCAGCCUGGCCCGGAACCUUCUGAGGCGAGCUGCUCGAGCUCCAUCCCGCAGCUGCUCGCAGGGCUGCUGGCUGGGACAGACCAGGAUCGGGAGACGGCUGCGGCGGCUUUGGAGCAGAAGUCCGCCGACCACGACAGCCAGGUCGCCAUUGUCCAGAAAGGUGGCAUCCAACCCCUCAUUGAGCUGCUGGCUGGAAGUGUCAAGGCCCGCGAGAGUGCCGUGCAAGCUCUUCGGAACUUAUCCAGCAAUGAGGAGAACCAGGAGCCAAUGGCAAGGGAAGGUGCCGUCCCUCCUCUCGUGGAGAUGCUGAAGUCCGGCAUCGGCAAGCCUGGCAAGCUUGUCGCGCACGCCGCCGAAGCUCUUGAGAGGAUGGCUCGGAAUGAGAAUGCCCGUGUUGCCGUGGUCGAGAAUGGUGCCGUCGAGGUUCUGGUGCAGCUGCUGAAGGAGGGCAGUGCACACGAGCAGGAGUGCGCAGUCCAAGCUCUCCGGAAUUUGGCGCUGAAUGGCCAGAGGGUGACCAUCGGCAAGGAUGGCUCCCGAAAGCUGCUUGGCGUUUCGGAUCCCAACGUCGGUCACAAGAAGCGCGUCCUCGAGGCCGGUGCUGUCGAGCCACUGAUUCAGCUGUUGCAGACCGGAAGCGCCGAGGCCCAGGCAGCUGCUGCCGGAACUGUUGCCAACUUGAGUUUGGGCGCAGAGCGUGCCGGAACUGGAAUAGUGAGUGCUGCCAUCCUGCCGCUGGUUCGCCUCCUCAAAAGCGGGAACGUGGAGCUCCAGCUGCCUGCUGCAAGGGCUCUUGCGAACUUGGCCUUAUACGACAAGCUUCCUACCGCCAUAGCAGAAGCCGGCGCCAUCCCGCUCUUACUUGAGCUCCUCAAAAACGGGAAUGGGGAGCUCCAGACACGUGGCGCAGGAGCUCUUGCAAUGUUGGCCCGCGACGCCAACCUGGCUGCCACCAUAGCCAAAGCCGGCGCCAUCCCGCUCUUGGCAGGGCUCCUGAAAAGCAGAGACGUGGAGCUCCAGAUGCCCAUAGGAGCUCUUUCAAACUUGGCCCGCCACGGUAACCUCCGCAGCAUCAUCGCUGACGCCGGCACCAUCCCGCUCCUCGUUGAGCUCCUCAAAACUGGGAACGUGGAGCGCCAGAUGCUUGCUGUGGGAGCUCUCGUAAACUUGGCCCCCAAGGUUGGGGGCACCAUAGCUGAAGCCGGCGCCAUCCCGCACAUCGUUGAGCUCCUCAGGAGUGGGAACGUGGAGCUCCAGAAGGAAGCGGCCAAGCUCGUCGUGAAUCUGAGUCUGAACGAUUCCAACCUCCGAGCCGAAAUCGUUAAGGCUGAGGCCAUCCAGCCCCUGGCUGAGCUCCUGCAGAGUGGCUGCACCAGUGCUCAGGAGAAAGCUGCGAAAGCUCUUGAGCAACUAGCCUUCGGAAACGAGGACUACCAGGUCGCCAUCGCGGCUGCCGGGACCAUCACUCCACUGGUUCACCUCUUCCUAGGCGCCGAGGAAGCGGCAAGCAGAGCAGCCUCGGGAGCUCUUCAAGUCCUGGCGAACAACAGCGCCAACGCUGAGGAGAUCAAGAAGGUCGCCGCGUUGCGGGCGGCCUCCCUUGAGAAGUCUGAGGAGGUCCAGGAUGCUUUGGAGGAGCUCAAGUUCAUCUGUGGCGACUUCUCCUCCGGCGACUUGGAGGAUGAAAGCAGCAAGGAGCCCGAGGUCCCCGCGGGCGACAGCCAGGCCGCUCCCAUCGCUCUGAAGGAUGGAACCGGCUCCAGGCUGGCAAUGUUUUCGGCGCGGUUCAAUGCCAAGAACAAAGAGACCGAGACGAAGAUGCGGCAAGUUCACAAAGUUUUGAGGGAUCACAAGUACGAUGUGCUGAUGGUCGAUGCCGGACUUGGCGAUGACUUUGGCAAGGCCACCAGGAAGUUCCUGAACCGGCUGAGGAGGGAGAACGGGAUCAUGCUCUGUGUGUGCUCGGAGGAUUACGCGGAGGUGACGGCCUCCAAGUUCAGCUCCUACGAGGAGCUCCGCUACGCGAACUCGAAAGGGCUGGAUCUGCUGCCGCUCCAAGUGGCGGACACCUUCCCGCCCGAGCCACCAAGCGGUCCAGAGCACAUGUUCGACAAGGACGGGGAGGGUGAAAGCCUCACCCAGUUCGCCUUCAACGAGGGCGUUCGAAGGCUGGACUGCCGCACGCUGGAGGUGCAGGAGAUUGCUCAGCAGAUUGCCGAGCGCCUCCACUGCCUCCACCCUCUCCCUCCCGGAGUCGAGCCUUAA